AUGGACGCGAUGAAUGAGACGUCUAAUGAAGUCACCAUGGUGCCAGCCGAUAUGGUUGGGGUGAAUAGUGAAGCUUAUCGUCCCCGCGGCUAUCAGCUUGAAAUGUUUGAAGCAAGCUUGCAUCAAAAUAUCAUCGUCGCGAUGGAUACAGGAAGCGGGAAGACUCAGAUCGCGGUGCUACGUAUCAAGGCUGAAUUGGAGACCAGUGGGUCAGGAAAGGCCAAGGAGAUGCAUACUGAUACAUCUCCGCACCAGUUUGUAUGGUUCUUAGCGCCAACCGUGGCGUUAUGUCUUCAACAACAUGAGGUCAUUUCUUCACAAAUACCAUCAGUGAAGACUCGCGUACUUACUGGGAUGGACAACGUUGAGCGAUGGACGGAGCAGUCUUCUUGGGACGUAGUUUUGCAGGAUACUCAAGUGGUGGUGUCAACGCAUGCUGUCCUUGCGGACGCCUUGAACCAUGGCUUUGUGCGAAUGUCACAAUUGGCGCUUAUUGUUUUUGACGAAGCUCAUCAUUGUAUGCGUCGCCAUCCAGCAAACAAGAUCAUGCAGUAUCACUACCAUCCAACCCGAGAGAAGUUUGGGCCAGAAGCUGUACCCCGGAUUUUAGGCUUGACCGCAAGUCCAAUUGUGCGAUCUAGCGAGAAGGAACUUCAAACCAUCGAGGCUAACCUAGACGCUGUGUGCAAAACGCCUCGCACUCACCGAACGGAACUUCUCGCACACGUCCAUCGUCCACAUCUACAGCGUGUACAAUAUCCCGCAUAUGAGGAGUACCAUCAACCUACUGGUACCAAAAUGCUUCCAGCACUUACAUCUUGCAUUCGUGGUUAUGAUAUGGGCCGUGACCCAUACAUAGAGAUGCUGCGGCAACAACCUGCAAGGAAAGAUGAGGCCGACAAAUUAGCAAUGUCUGGCAAAACAUUUUGCCUAGAGCAGCUUACGAAAUUUCGUGAGCAAUGUCAACACAUUUAUGAGGAGCUUGGUGGCUGGGCAACAGAUUACUUUAUCAAGGCUUCUAUUGAGCGUCUUCGAAGCUCUGCUGGCAGGGAGACGGGGCUGUCAAGAAUAGCCUGCGACGAAAGGGCUCACAUUCUCAAAAUUCUUCUGUCGAUACCCGCGCCUGACGAAAACACUGGCGAUCCUCACAUCUCCGCGAAACUUGAGACAUUGAUUCUGUUCCUUGCGAGCAUGGACCACCCAGAAUUUUCCGGGUUAAUAUUUGUCAAGAGACGAGCCACUGUCAGCGUCAUGUCACAAAUUCUAUCCAUUCAUCCAGCCACGAAAGAUCGAUUCCGAUGUGCAGCUUAUGUUGGAUGGUCCAAUGGUGCUAGCCGUAAGGAUGCUCUGGGAGAUCUACUCAGCCGCGGUGCACAGAAAGACACGCUCUUGGAAUUUAGAACGGGACAGAAAAACUUGAUCGUGGCCACUGAUGUCCUGGAAGAAGGUUUGGAUGUGAGCUCGUGCAGCCUAGUGAUAUGCUACGAUAAGCCCUCGAAUCUGAAGUCUUUUGUCCAAAGACGAGGCCGAGCUCGGCAUCAAGAAUCGACAUAUGCAGUCAUGACUUCAUCCGAAGAUGAAUUACAAGACCUUCAAAAAUGGCAGUCCUUGGAGAAAGCCAUGGUCAAAGCAUACCAAGACGACCAAAAGAAACGACAAGACGCAUCCGCAAUGGAGGAGACUGAUGAACAAGUUACAGAAUGGCUAGAAGUUCCAUCCACCUGUGCACGUCUAUCCGCAGAGGAUGCUAUGCAACACUUACAGCACUUUUGCGAUUUGUUACCUACAGAUGAGUACGUCAACAAUCGACCAGAGUUCUCCUUUGAAGAAAAUGCCAGUGGCCUUAUAAAAUCCACUGUGACGCUUCCAAAUUCCGUUCACCCAGCUGUUCGCCGAUCGCAGGGGAAAGGAUGGUGGCGCACAGAGCGUGCGGCACGGAAGGAAGUUGCUUUUCACGCUUACAAAGCGCUCUGGGAAUAUGGGUUGGUAAACAACAACUUGCUUCCCUUGACCAAGAAAGUCGAACUUCAAUUAUGUAAAGCUAAAUGUGAGGAAAUCUCUUCCAUGGUCGAAUGCUCGGAGCAAUUUGAUCCAUAUGUGGAUUUAGCACAGGCGUGGUCAUCUCAAGAGCUCUACCAGACUGACAUUACUAUGUCCCACAACGAUGGCUCAAUGAAUGAAGAUAUGAACAUGUCACUUGUCUUGCCUAAGUCGAUCGUUAUGCCACAGAGUAUACCUCUUUAUUUGAACAUGAAGACGACAGUGGUGGCGACAUUCACUCCACCGAGACCAAUCAAUCCAAUUCCAAUAGAAAUGGUCCGACUGAUGAGAGAGAUAACGGCCCUGUUUCUUCAAGCUCCGACAUCUCGCCUCAUAACUUCAGAUCGAGAUUUUGUGGCGCUCUUCUUCCCAAGUGUCCCUCUUGACCGAUUAGAAGAAUGGACGUGUCAACAUGAAGGUGUCGAAAGAGCAUUAGAUUAUUAUACAAGAGACCAAACAAGUAUCCCAAUGGGUAUAGUACGGGACAGGGCAAAGUAUAGCGAACCACGAUUAUUCCGAAGAUGGAUCUUUACUGGGGAAGGAGAGAAAACGCAACUUGACCUGGAAUGCUCUUCGAUACCACGUAGGCGCAACUUCCUGCAGCAUCGCAAGGAACCCGAAGUUGGCGAGGAUGGAGAGGCAGAUUCAGGCAAAACUCACGUUGUCCCUGCAGAUGGUUGCACGAUCGACAGACUUCCGGCUUCCAAGGCACUGUUUGGUCUUCUAAUAUCAGCAAUAUUGGAUCGAAUGGAAGCGGUACAAGUUGCAACAAGGUUGAAUGACACUAUCCUAAAGCCCGUUAAAAUCGAGAAUCUCAAUCACGUUCUAACAGCGAUCACAACACCCUCUGCACAAGCUAGCAGUGAUUAUCAAAUCUACGAAUUUUUUGGAGAUUCGGUUUUGAAGUUCACCGUUGCCUGUCAGCUAUUUAUUCGGCAGCUCAAUUGGCACGAAGGGUAUCUUUCGGAGGGUCGUGAUAAACUAGUGUCGAACAAGCGCCUUACACGCGCAGCUCUAGAAAUUGGCUUGGAUAGGUUCAUCCUAACCAGGCGAUUCACACCCCGCCGAUGGGUCGCUCCUUUGAUAUCCAAGAAGCUAGUAGCCUCAACUGAUACUCGAAGCAUGGGUAGCAAAAUACUGGCAGAUGUAGUUGAAGCUCUUAUUGGCGCAGCAUACAUGGAUGGGGGGAUGCGCAAAGCCCAAGCGUGUCUCCACCGCUUAUUACCCGAGAUCGAUAUCUUCACGAGUGAUAUUCCAGCGUCACUCUUCACAUCAAGAGAAACACGUACUCUCAUAGAUCAACAUCGUCUAAAGAAUAUUAUUGGAUAUACAUUCAAUAAUGUUUCUUUGCUGACUGAGGCAUUGACCCAUCCAUCUUGUGAGCAUGACACAGUCACGCAAUCCUAUCAACGACUCGAAUAUCUCGGCGAUGCGGUGCUCGACAUGAUCGUUGCCUCGCUAUUUGCUUCUCAUUCAACUGCUAUGCCCCAGGGCCAAAUGACACGCAUCAAGCACGCAAUGGUCAAUGCCAACCUGCUUGCAUUCUUUUGUAUGAGCCUUGGCUCACCCGAAACAGUCACUGAUAUUGGAACAACCGACUUCGACAGACCUGAGCUCAUAUCACACAUUGAGGAGAUACACUUGUGGCAGUUUCUUCGCUUCAGUAGCACAGCUUUGAUCCCCGCCCGUGAUUUGUCUGUAGAAAGAUAUCACUCUCUUAAAGACCAAAUUUCACUUGCUAUGGAACACGCGACACAUUACCCUUGGGAGACACUUUCCCAUCUCCGCCCUGAUAAAUUCAUGUCAGACAUUGUGGAGAGCGUGAUUGGUGCAAUAUUUAUUGACUCUGGCGGAAGUUUGGAUCCCUGCUGUGAGUUUUUGGAACGUCUUGGUCUGCUGCCAUAUGUGCGCCGCAUCCUAUCGGAUGAUGUAAACGUUAUCCACCCGAUCAACGCUGUUCAGAUGCUUGUGAAGGCCACAGGGAUACUCGUUUUUAAAGCGAGUAGAGUGGAAAAGAAAGGUGGCAUUGCGACGUAUCGUUGCACCGUGACGCAGAAUAAAAAGGAAGUGGCCUUCGUUGAAGGAUGUGAUUCGGGCGAGGAGGCAGAGAUUCGCGCCGCAUACAUUCUCAUGGACAAGGUUCAUUCAGAGACGAAUGGACAACCUUCAGAAUGA